GGUUCCGAUUCUCUUGCCUGCUCUCCUCUCUCCCGUCUGGGGCGAACAUCCACGAAAGCCUUCCUCCCGUCGUCGUCAAUGGCUUCUGAUGGCUUCGCCGACAAGAACGCCGUGUUCAGAAAGGUCAAAUCCAAGCCCGAUAACAAGAUGUGCUUCGAUUGCAACGCGAAGAACCCGACGUGGGCGUCGGUGACCUACGGGAUCUUUCUAUGCCUCGAUUGCUCUGCCGUUCACCGCAGCCUUGGUGUGCACAUCAGCUUCGUAAGGUCUACAAAUUUAGACUCUUGGACUCCUGAGCAGCUGAAAAUGAUGGUGUUUGGAGGCAACAACCGCGCACAAGUUUUCUUUAAGCAGCAUGGAUGGACAGAUGGUGGCAAGAUUGAGGCCAAAUAUACAUCUAGGGCAGCAGAAUUGUAUAGGCAGUUACUUACCAAAGAGGUUGCUAAGAGCUCUGCUGAGGAUACUGGAUUACCUGCAUCACCUGUUGCAGCAUCCCAUUCACCACAAGCAUUGAAUGGACUUCAUGAACUCAAGCCCGCAGAUACACCCGAUGAUAAUCCAAAUGUGGCAUAUGAGACUGAAACUACCCGAUCCCCUAAAGCUCCAGUUCGUUCUGCAUUUAUAAGUUCUGUUAAGAAACCGAUUUAUACAAAGAAGUCUGCAAGCAAGACUGGAGGGCUUGGUGUCAGGAAGCUCACGACAAAGCCAAAUGAAAGUCUUUAUGACCAAAAGCCUGAAGAACCAGCACCCGUGGCAGUGCCAGCUAAUUCUAACGGGACAAUUGGUCAGUCAUUUCCUUCUCGAUUUGAGUAUAUGGAGGACACACCUUCCAUCGAGGGCACUGGUGGCUUUGAAGUGAUCAAUCAUGUUGCUCCACCGAAGUCUUCAAGCUUUUUUCAAGACUUUGGAAUGGAUGGUGGAUUUCAGAAAAAAUCAAGCUCCAUUUCUUCAAAAGUACAGGUACAAGAAGGUAAUGAAGCAAGACAGAAAUUUUCAAAUGCAAAAUCAAUAUCAUCAGCCCAAUUCUUUGGUGAUGAGAACAGAGCUAGUGAGGCCCAAAUAUCGUUGGAAAAAUACACGGGGUCAACAUCCAUUUCAAGCGCCGAUCUCUUUGGUCGUGAAAAUGAUUCGGGACUCGACCUGACUGCUGCAGACCUAAUCAACAGAAUCUCCUUCCAGGCAUCACAAGAUAUAUCAUCGCUGAAGAACAUAGCGGGGGAGACUGGGAAGAAGUUGUCGUCUUUAGCCUCCGGUCUGAUCAAUGACUUCCAGGCCAGAAUGCUUUGAGUACGCUGCCUAAGGUCACAUUCGUAUACCAUGUUCAACAGCUAGCUGAUCGAUAAACAGCUUCUUAUCUUCUCUAGAAAUUGCUUGUCCGACGUCAAAAGCUUAAAUUUAUCUUCCUUUUGUUUUUUUUUUUUAAUUCCUUUUGAGUUGUAUUAAUAAACCUCAGUAGUUGCUUUGCGCUGCCGACUCAGGCGAUGCAGUUGGAGCUACGUAACCAUACUAGUAACUGUCUUCCUCAGAAGUUUAUAUGCUCUUCUAUAUUUCCCGA